UGGCUGGCUUUAGGAGCGAGAGAGAAAUUGCUUGACGUCUCCAAUGCCAGUCUGUACUUUCACUCUCUCUCUCUCAAACUGUCUCUCUCUUGCUAUAUGUAUUAUGUAUAUAAACAUGAUGGAAAAGCCUCUGCCGAUUCAUGUGCAUCUUUGUUCAACAUUUUGUCCUGCUUUCUCGCUCUUGAAAUCUAGCGAGAGUGAGAGCGACAGACGCCAUGAGUCUCUUCGGUCUUGGAAGCAGGAACCAGAAAACAUUCCGUCCAAAAAAGAAUGCUCCCUCCGGAAGCAAGGGAGCUCAACUUCAAAAACACAUUGAUUCAACCUUGGGUAGUGGCAACUUGAGGGAAGCUGUACGGCUACCUCCUGGAGAAGAUAUGAACGAGUGGCUAGCCGUAAAUGCGGUAGACUUCUUCAACCAAGUGAACAUUCUGUAUGGUACCCUGACGGAAUUCUGUACGUCGCUCAACUGUCCAACAAUGUCUGCAGGACCAAAAUACGAGUAUAGAUGGGCUGAUGGAGUUACUAUUAAAAAACCAAUAGAGGUGUCUGCUCCAAAAUAUGUUGAGUAUUUGAUGGAUUGGGUUGAAGCUCAGCUAGAUGAUGAAUCAAUUUUUCCUCAAAAUUUGGGGUCACCCUUUCCAUCCAAUUUCCAUGAUGUUGUCAAGACAAUUUUUAAGCGAUUGUUCCGUGUAUAUGCACACAUCUACCACUCACACUUCCAGAAGAUUGUGAGUUUGAAGGAAGAAGCUCAUCUCAACACUUGCUUCAAACAUUUUGUUUUGUUUACAUGGGAAUUCCGCUUGAUCGACAAAGGGGAGCUUGCACCUCUCCGCGACCUUGUUGAGUCUAUUCUACAGUUAUAGCAUCAUGUGAUAUGUCUUCUUUCUUUUGUUUGACUUUUGCCUUCUCCUCGGUUCGAGGGGUUUAGACUUUAGAGUGCUUUUUGGUACAUAUUUUUGUGGAAUGUUGCCUUCUUUAUAACAACCAUUCCUUUUGUUA